GCUGCGAUGACAUCACAACCAAUUCCAUCGCUCGAGCUUGCCAGCUCUUGAUCGGACAGAAGAAAGCUGCGCGUCGCGUCAGAGACCUCACAGCAUUCCGCGUUUCGCGCAACCGGGCUCAUACAAACACAUACCUGUACACACGCCGGGAGGAGGGCUUAAAGGCUGUUGAUAUAUGCGGGAGGGAGACGACCGUAGAGAUUGAGCUCCCGAUAAGACGAGCGAAACCACACCAUCACAGCGGCUCGCGCUGAAAAGUGAACGAGCUUUUAUGGUAAAGUUUCAAGGAUUGUUUUAACCUCACCCGGACUGCGUUGGCUUACAAGAGCGGAAUGACCGACUUUGCGAUGAUAAACUGUUGCCUGCUUCUCGGCGCGUGUCUUCUGGCCAGCCAAGGGGUCUGGAGUCAGCGCGUGCGAGUGGAUAAUGAAAUCACGGCGUAUCCGAACGGGUCCGUCAUCCUGCGCUGCGAGUUCACCAAGAGCGGCGAAACCAAACUCACACAGGUCUCGUGGAUGUUCGAGCACGUCGAAGGCGAGAGACACAACAUCGCUGUAUACCAUCCCCAAUAUGGACCGAGUUUCCCUAAUCCGCACUUUGUUGGCCGAGUUAAGUUCACAGAAGGCACCCUGGAGACUCCAUCCAUCAGGAUCGACAAACUGAGGAUGGCGGAUGCGGGCAGGUACAUCUGCGAGUUUGCCACUUAUCCCAGCGGAAACGAACAGGGACAAACCACUCUUAUCAUGAUGGCCAAACCCAAAAACUCAGCUGCCCCCGUCCCAGUGCAGGCCGGCUCUUCUGAGGUAGUCGUGGCACGUUGCGAGGCCGCCCAGGGAAAACCCGAGGCUACUAUCUCCUGGAGUGCAGACAUUGACGGCCGCUAUAACCACACAUCAGUGCCUGAGAGCGACGAUACCGUGACUGUGAAGAGCGAGUAUCGGAUCGUCCCGACUCCAUCUCACAACGGAAAAGAACUUGCCUGUCUGGUGAAUCAAAGGGCGCAGAACGAACCUCAGCGGUUUAAUUUGAAGCUGGUGGUGGAGUAUCCCCCCACUGUGUCGAUAGAUGGAUAUGACUAUAACUGGUAUAUGGGUCGGACUGAUGUGAUGUUGAUGUGUCAGGCUGAUGCUAAUCCUGCACCUACUGAUGUGAAGUGGACCGCUGCAUCUGGUCAGAUGCCAGCUACAGUACAGGUGGAUCAGAACAAGCUGUUGGUGAAGAAAGUGGAUGAAACCGUGAACACAACAUUUGUAUGUGAGGUGAAGAACAGCCUGGGAUCUGUAAAGAAAGAGCUCGCCAUCAUCGUCAUCGAGUCGACCGAAGACCCUUCCAGCGCGGGUGUGGUGGCCGGCGCCAUUCUGGGCAGCCUCUUGGCCUUCGUAUUGGUCAGCGCGCUGGUUGCUGUGUUGGUAAUGCGUAGCCGGCGCCAACAGCACGGGUAUUCGGGCGACGGCGAGCAGGGAGGUUACGGCAACAAAACUCGCCUUUUCGGCGGCAAGAAAGCUAGCAAAAACGGCACCGGUGCGAACAACAACGGGCCGAUCUACACGUAUCGCGAGGGCGAGCCGGGAACCCUGACGGCUAAGUGUAACGAAUUCCCACACAUGACCGCCGGCAUGCCAACGGCCCAUGACAUCCUGUUGAGCGGUGACCUAAAUGAAGCACAACGCAGGAAGUUCGAGGCCCUGAACGACAGCAUGGAGGAGGAAGAGGACGAGAGGUACGACCGCUUCGGCGGACUGCCGCCCAGCUACCAAAUCCACCGGCGUGAGGAAGAGUGUGCACCAUACCUUGACGACGACAUGGAGUCUCAGCGAGACGGCUCCAUCAUUUCACGGACUGCCAUCUAUGUCUGAACAGCGAGGAGACGAAGACAAGAUGGAUGUGCGAUACGCCUGACUGAUAUUUACUUGAUCCGUACUUGACCUUUCAAACAGUUUUAAGAAAACGUGCCGUGCAACUGGUUAAUGUUAUUUCUGUGGAAAAAAACACUCAUCAUCUAGACAUUAAACGUUUUAAUGCUGCUCACAUCGUAAUGCAUAGUUUUGUGUGAGGCAUAAUAUGAAAGAUUGACCUGAAGUAUUUGACAUUUGUGCAUUUGGCGGGUGCUUUUAUCCAAAGCGACUUUCAGCGCUUUAAAGGUAAAUGUUUCGUCAGGAAGUUUUGUUCUUUAGACAUUGUGAUUGUGGUGUAACUGUGACUUCUUGAUAUUGCCCGUUUUCCCAAGACUUUCUGUGGUUUAGUCACUCCCAUGAGCACAAUAGGUUAGGCCCUUUAAAAGGUUUAGAAAGUCUUGCAAUGAAGUCUUUGCCAGGAACAUCAUCUCUGAGAACAGCUGGAUCUUUUGUCAGCGAAAGACACAUUGCACCGGUCGUUCCCGGCAUCUAGGUCGUUCGUCUACGUGGCACUGAUCAAUUCAGCCGCCGCUCAACUUUCUCCGCUUUUUAGCUCUUGUUCAUUAAUCGGAUGUCUUGUUACGGUAAAGGAAUUUUCUGAAUGACUCCAGGGGUUCUAGGAAGAGGCGUAAUAAUGUUUUUCCCUCCCCUGUCUUUGCGGAACAGCGUGUUCCAGGCGAUGUUUAAUUCAGGAGGAAGGAAAUGUUGUGCGUUAGCCGCGCGCAUCCUAUGCCGAUGCUGUGAGCGUCCAGAUUAAUCCAGUUAUGUCAAAACUGUAGAAAGCCAAGUCAAAAAUCUGCAAACAGGCCGCUCGUAGGAGCGAACCAAACGCCCACAGUGUGACUUCAACCCUCUCCGGCAGACAAAUCCCUUGUUUUCCAUUAAAAGAAAAACAGUGUUGACACUCUACUAAAAACAGAUUAAGUUGAUUGAUAGAAACCGUGGAUUGGUGGCGUGCCUUCAGAGAGCGCCACUGACGUGCCUUCGAGUGGAGGAUUAUAUGACCGUGGAGUGCGGACGGACCCUGGCGGGAAACGUUAAGCUGGCCAGCAUAUGCUGCUUGGUUCAGUCGAGUCCACGGUCUUGAAAAACUGCCAGCUGUGAAAAAGGUCAAAUGGUAAUGCACUCUCACCGUAUGCUCAGCUGUGAGAUUAGGCCGCUCGGUUUACAGACCGGGCUUUUCUUGAGAGGGUCAGUGGUUUGUUUUGAAGUUUAGCAUAUAAGCUUACUUUUCAAAAAAGAAAUAGAUAUAUGUCAUUUCAGAGGUUUAUUGAUGUCUACUGAUGUUUGUGUAACCUUAAAAAUGUGUGUAUUCCAGAUGUGUUUGCCGUAUUUGGUCAGCGCAUGUUUUGCAUAAUAACAUGGGGAUUGUAUGGAUUCUUUGGCAGCGCUUUGAAUUACUUAAACCGUGAGUCAUUCAUCCUUGGUUUCAGAGUAGCGAGACUUUGGCGGAGGGAAGUUAGACCGAUAAUGACAAAGAAUCCUCUUGCUUCAGCACGCCCGCAUAAAUGUGAUAUCACCCAGACACUUCUUCAAUGCAGCGGUGCAGAUAUACCGUGAGUUAAUUUGGAGAUUAUACUUUCUGAACCCGGCGAGUGUUAAGGCAGUAGUUACUAUAGCCUACAGAGACGUUCACCCACGCGCGCAAGAUUCAUCAUUUUUGUGGCAUCACUGCACUGAAAAAUAAGGAUCGGAAAGCUAUUUUCCCAGAGCUCCCGUGCCUCGAUUUAUUCCGGUUUAUAUUACCGGCCACAAAAACCAAGAUGUGCAGUAUGAAAAGGGGAUGGAAUAAGUGAACAGAGGGUUGUUUGCAGUUGCAGAGGUAUUAACGCCACCAAACCGUUUUAGUUGUGAAAUUGAAUCUGCGUCGGGCAGAUUCAUGCAUUCGGAGAGGCCCGUGAGCUGGGAUAUAGCCGAGAUGGUCGUGCACGUCGAAGUCUAAAAAGAAAUGAGACUUUUUCUACCUAGCAACAUUGCCAAUUGACGUUUUUCAAUGAGUAGCAUUAGCGUUUUAGACAAAACUUUUGUUGAACUUUAGAAUGUUAUAAGAGAAGAUUUGUAUUGAGGGUUAGAUAUUGAUAUCUUGUUCUCGUUUGCACAGUCCCAAGGCUACAUAAAGAUCAAAUAUUGGGUGUUGGUUGGAUCUGUCAAAAGCAUGUCUGGGUUAUAUUUCACCCUAAAGUCAAAAGUGUUGUAUUGAGCUUCAAGAAAAUGAAUCCCGAUUUUGAGCACUAUUAAGACUUUCUGCAUUCAGAUGGUAUUUUUGUUUCAAAUAAGCACAAACAUUAUUUCCCAGACUCUCUAAAAUAAUAGAUUGAAUUUUUUCAUCCAAAAUAUCUAAUGUGUCGAAUUUUAUGCACUCGGUUAGGAAACGUCCAUAUUUUAUUACAACAACCCAACUUAAGUUAAUUGAAUCCCAACAACUGGGUUUGUCCAUAUUUUACUCAAGCAAAGAUUGAAACAAAACUGUUUAGAGAGUGGUCCAAACUUGAUUGAAACAAGUAUGGUUCACAAUUUUAUGACAAAAAGGUAUAUUUUAAUAAUAACUGAUGUAAGUGCCUUCUGGGAUGUGUUUUAGCCUAGAGAUGAAAGUUGGCCCCAUUCAUUGGAGAUUGUGUAAAUGAAUACCAGACCAAGAAAAAAGUAUAAAACAGAAAAACAAGAUUGUUGGCAAAUUGGCCCCAUAUGGUGUCUUUAAUGAAUGCUGUAAGUCAUUACUACCCCAUCAGCUGUGGAGGACUUUCUUUGCUGAUUGCAACUUCUUCGUUUUACUCUGAAAUGUUGUGUUGUCAAAUUGUAACAUUGUCUAUAAAGAACAAUCCGAUGGAACGCAAACUUAGACAGCCAAUCACGGCUUACUUCCUGUUUUUUUUGUAAAUAAUGCUAUUCGACACAAAAUGUUCAUACGUAUCAAAAACUGCUGUACCGCAACACGUCUAUCAGAACUUCAAUCUGUACUUUUGUUUUUAUUUGUUGAGUUUGUAAUUAUAAUGGAUGGAAAUACAGUGCUAUUCUGUGAGGUGUUGAUGGUGUAUCUUGACGUGACGUGUCUUGUGCGUGACACAUAUAUAUAUAUAUACUGUAUAUGUAUGUAUUUAUCAUCAAGAUAUCCAGUAAAAGUGUAAGUAUUUAUCAGUACUGUAAAUAACAGUAGAGGUCACAUAUGGCCAAAACCAAAUAUAAGAGCAGACGUAGUACACUAGAUCAGAGUAGAUGAGAAUAACCUCAGUUGCCUUGAUGCGGGUGGUGUUGCCUCCCGAUGUAGCUUUCCAGGCGCACACUAGUUAGUUUGGACAGUACGGUAGACUGACGUUCACACAUAAACAUUAUGCACUGACACCCUACAACACUUAACGCGUAUUCGUACUCGACUGUAGCUUACACAUGUCUAAGAUUGUCAUAUUUCACUCCAAAGUCGACAAAGAAAUGUUUUUUGCGAACUAAUAAAUGAUUUUGACUUUGUGACAUUUGAUUGCACACUGAUGGCAAAAAAAUUUCAUUAAGUUUUUAUUGAUCAUGGUAGCAUUUGUUAUAUUGCAAUUUAUUAAAUUCCUUUUAAUGUAUGCAAACUGUAAUAAUAAAUUGCUAAAUUCUGGUAAUGAGAAACUAAUGAGAAUAGCCAUAGAGAAUCGUGAGGAAAAUGUCCAGAUGUGUUACGGUAAUGAGAAUUGAACGUGGUUAAUUUCCUUUCAAAUAAUGUCACAAUGCAGUCUCAAUGGAACUUAAGCAGCCUUAAUUAAAAGUAAUCGAUUUUUUCUUUGGAUUUGGAGUAAAAUAUGACCUGGACAUGUAAGAUUCACCUUCGGUGCACCCCGCACACACUGUUGCUGCCAAGGAUUUGUUCUCCAUAAAAAAACCAAGAUACCAAUUACACUGACGUCUAACACUAUUAUCCUAUUUUGCAAAAGACAAGAUCAAUAUUCUUCUAAGUUUCCACCUUUCGCUGGUCGUGGGGUUUUAUUACCCAGAAAGAUGAAGAGGGAACCGCUGGGGCAUUAAUCCUCUUUGAAAAUAGUGCCACAGCGGGCAGAAUACCGCCGGGGUAAAAACCAAUGUUUUUGGCAUGCAAUUACGCAGCCUGUCCUCGACUACUGUUCUUUUUUGUCGAAAACAGAAAUGGGUUAUUGCAUCUUCAGUUUGCAACUGCCUCUAGUCUCAAAGCAACUCGGAGCCAUUAAGCGAAAUUGUGAUUCCGCACAAGGUGUUUUCCCACUCGGUUCCGUCUCAUCAGCUUCUUGUGGAUACUAUAAAUAAAUUAGAGAACGAGCAAACGCAUUACUAAUUGAUACGCAACCCUGAAUUACCUCCACGUCGUUCCAUUGUUCUGCGUUUGGCUUUGCUGCUUUUUUUGUUUUUAUUGUGUACAAGAUGCUUCGUCUCUCUUUCAGGGGGAAGGAACUGUUUAAUGUCACACACACACAAAGACACUUCAACUUGUAUGGUGUGUUUAAUUGGAGCAAAGAAGAAUAACGCUGUACGUUCCAAACCCCUGUUUGUCCUGUCACAUUAUUUUUGUAUACUGGUUGUAAUUAAAACCUGGUGGAUUUCUAAAUAUUCUGUCUUACGUGUGUUUGUUGACCUCAUGUUUCCUUCGUUUUGUGGUUUCUGUGGAGUGUUGCUUCAAGCAUCA